AUGAGUCUUAUUCCCGUUAUUGACGUUUCUCCAUUAGUGUCAUCAUCUAACGAACAGGCGAAAUUCGAUGUAUCUCAAGCGAUUCGUCGUGCUUGUGAAACGGUAGGGUUCUUCCAAAUGAUUGGUCAUGGAAUCGAUGAGCGACUGUUUGAUAAAUUGAUCAUUGAAGCUCGACGUUUCUUUGCUCAAUCAUCAGAAGAAAAACAACGUUAUGCUGUGCAUAAAUGGAAUCCAUCGAAUUCGAAUCAGUAUCGUGGUUAUUUUCCAUCAUCAGUCAAUGGAAAAGAGGGCCUAGAUUUAUCUUCACCAUAUAUGAAUCCAGAACAUGAACUUGUUAAAAACGGUAACCCAUUACACGAACUGAAUCAAUAUUCAAUGCAUGGAGUAUUGACUCAAUAUUGGGAUGAAAUGUGGCAUAUUUCACUCGAAUUAUUGCGUGCAGUGGCACGUGCCUUUGACUUGGACGCUUCCUAUUUUGAUAAAUUCCUCGAUGAUCGUUCAUCCGGUGGUGCUGGAACUGUUUCUACCUUUCGUCUCAAUUACUAUCCACAACUAGACAAUCCAACUCCUGUAUCGAUAGGUGCUGAUGAUGGAUUAUCAAUAUUAGCUUUUUAUUAG